AUGGCUCAGGAAAUUGCGGAGCGCGAGAAAGAAUUGCGCGAAAAGCAAGCUUCAAUGGCCAACAUGAGGAACGAGUAUGUGCAAAUGACGAAAAACCUGCUGCGAAUACCAGAGCGACGACGAAGAAAGAAGGAGGCUGCACAAAGAAAGGCUGAAGCGAAGCUGUCGCAAAAGCAGCAGUCGAAGAGUGAGUGUCAAUAUCAAACCUUCUUCGAUAGGAUAAUUAAAAGUCGUGCAUUCUUAUCGUCCGACGACGACUCAUCCGAUGGUGCACCAGUUCGUGCACCUGAGGAUGCAGGUGAAGACAGUCCAAGGCCACCGAGAAUCACAGAUUCAGAAGACUCU